GGCGUGAAAAGGGUGACAAAAUGCAGCCCCGCGCUCUGCUUUCUUCUUAAGAUCUCUCUCUCUCUCUCUCUCUCUCUCUCUCUCUGUUUUCUGCUCUCCUCUGCUCAUAAAGAUAGAAGCAGAUCUGGCGUUUUCAUCUACGUUUCCUCUGUCUCUCGCUCUCUCGUCAAUUCCUCUCCAAAUGAGAUCUAGAUCGCAGAAGAUCCUCUGAAGAAGAUGAGUGAGAGCGAGAGGUUUCAGCUCGGAACCGUCGGAGCGCUGUCCCUGUCGGUGGUCUCCUCCGUCUCGAUCGUGAUCUGCAACAAGGCCCUCAUCAGCUCCCUCGGCUUCACCUUUGCUACAACUUUGACAAGCUGGCAUCUUUUGGUCACAUUCUGUUCACUUCAUGUGGCAUUAUGGAUGAAAUUAUUCGAGCACAAACCAUUCGAUGCAAGAGCUGUUAUGGGCUUCGGGAUACUCAAUGGGAUCUCCAUUGGACUUUUAAAUCUUAGUUUGGGUUUCAACUCAGUUGGUUUCUAUCAGAUGACAAAGCUAGCCAUCAUUCCAUGCACCGUUAUUCUGGAGACUCUUUUCUUCAGGAAAAAGUUCAGUAGGAGCAUCCAGUUUUCACUUAUCAUCCUUCUUUUGGGUGUUGGAAUUGCAACUGUGACGGACCUGCAGCUCAAUGUUCUGGGUUCUGUACUAUCUCUGCUUGCAGUUAUUACAACUUGCGUUGCUCAAAUUAUGACAAACACCAUUCAGAAGAGGUUUAAGGUCUCUUCGACCCAACUAUUGUAUCAAUCUUGCCCCUAUCAAGCAAUGACACUGUUCAUUGCUGGUCCAUUUCUUGAUGGGCUUUUGACCAAUCAGAAUGUUUUUGCUUUCAAGUAUACACCUCAAGUGCUGGUUUUCAUUGUCCUAUCUUGCCUGAUCUCUGUUUCUGUGAACUUCAGUACAUUUCUUGUAAUUGGAAAGACAUCACCAGUCACCUAUCAGGUCUUGGGACAUCUGAAAACAUGUCUGGUUUUGGCGUUUGGAUAUGUUUUACUUCACGAUCCAUUUAGCUGGCGGAACAUCUUCGGUAUACUGAUUGCUCUAAUUGGAAUGAUCCUCUAUUCUUACUUCUGCUCGAUCGAGAGCCAGCAGAAGGCUAGUGAAGCAACUGCACAGUUGUCACAGGCAAAAGAAGCUGAAGCCGAUCCUCUAUUGACUGUUGAAAAUGGAUCGGGUACCAUUGCGGAUAUUGUCCCUAAAGCCCCGGUGUGGAGCUCAGACAAAGAUCUACAUGCAUGAUAUCUCCAAUCUUUCUAAUCAUCGACAUUAGAGAAAAUCAAUGGACAAAAUAGUCUCAAACAUGUAGACUUCAGCAAGGAAAAUGUCCAUAUGCUUUGCAUCUACAAAUAGCGGGCCAUUAAAAGAACUCUUUAAAUGUAGUUAUAGGAGACGGAAAGAAAUGUAUUUUCUUAGCAGUUUUGGGUAUUGUUUAUGACCUGACAUUGAUUAUUAUUCAUCUGAUAUGUAGGGUCUGAUGUUCGAUGAUGAUUGAUUCAA